AACCAUGAAAUAAUGCAAUGUGACAAAGCAAAAGUACCGUUUUCUUCUUAGCAGCAGCUAUGGGAGCUUCGACACCACGUUUUGGAGCCUACAGAUUCAAAACAACACAUUUUUUAGGUUAGAUUGAUUUCAGUAACGAAGAAGAGAGAGAGAGAGAGAGAUCGAAGAAGAGGAAGCAAUGGUUCUACCAUUUUUGCAGCUGUAUUUUCUUGGGCUCCUUUUGCUCGACUAAGGAGAAAACCCCAGCUUGGUAGUAUAAUAAUAUGGUUUUACAGAGGGCUGCUUUAAACUACGUCGUAUUCGAAGACUUUUUGGGCUCAAACCAACUAAAUGGUCCAAAAUUAAGCGAUCAAAUGGGUCCAGGCAAAACGAAGUCGUUUUGACAUUUUAAACUAUUUGGAAAGACAACCUGGGAAACCGGACGCCGGAUUCUUUCUUUCCUGCAAUUUGACGACCCUCUGCUUCAAGCAAGCACCCAACCCAACAUUCCACCGGCUAUGGACUACCGAAACGUCGUCGUAUGCGACAACGGCACCGGCUACGUCAAAUGUGGUUUCGCCGGAGAAAAUUUCCCGACAUCGGUGUUCCCAUGCGUGGUCGGGAGACCUAUGCUACGGUACGAGGAAUCUCUCGUGGAACAAGAGUUGAAGGAUAAUGUUGUUGGAGAAGCAUGUGCUGCUUUGAGACAUCAAUUGGAUAUAUCAUAUCCGGUUAACAAUGGAAUUGUGCAGAAUUGGGAUGAUAUGUGUCAUGUUUGGGAUCAUGCGUUUUUCAAUGAACUAAAGAUUAAUCCAACAGAAUGUAAGAUAUUACUUACUGAUCCGCCUCUUAAUCCCUCAAAAAACCGCGAAAAAAUGGUUGAGACCAUGUUUGAAAAAUACAACUUUUCUGGUGUCUUUAUUCAAAUCCAGGCUGUUUUAACUCUGUAUGCUCAAGGUCUGCUGACUGGAUUAGUUAUUGACUCUGGUGAUGGUGUCACUCAUGUGGUUCCUGUUGUUGAUGGCUAUUCAUUUCCUCAUCUUACCAAGCGGAUGAAUGUAGCGGGUCGGCACAUAACAUCCUAUCUUGUUGAUUUACUCUCCCGUAGAGGGUAUGCAAUGAAUAGAACUGCUGAUUUUGAGACUGUCAGGGAAAUCAAAGAGAAACUCUGCUACAUAAGUUAUGAUUACAAAAGAGAAUAUCAACUGGGACUUGAGACCACCAUCCUUGUUAAGAAUUAUACUCUGCCAGAUGGAAGGGUCAUUAAAGUAGGCACUGAAAGGUUCCAGGCCCCUGAGGCUCUUUUCACACCAGAACUUAUUGAUGUUGAAGGUGAUGGCAUGGCUGACAUGGUUUUCCGCUGCAUUCAGGAGAUGGAUAUCGAUAACCGCAUGAUGCUCUAUCAGCAUAUAGUUUUAAGUGGAGGGAGCACCAUGUACCCUGGAUUACCUAGUCGGCUGGAGAAGGAAAUACUAGAUCGAUAUCUUGAAGUGGUUCUAAAGGGAAAUAAAGAUGGGUUAAAGAAACUGCGAUUGCGGAUCGAGGACCCACCACGAAGAAAGCAUAUGGUGUAUCUUGGAGGUGCAGUUCUUGCUGGGAUUAUGAAGGAUGCACCUGAAUUUUGGAUCAGCAGGGAAGAUUAUUUGGAAGAAGGAAUUGCCUGUCUAAGCAAGUGUGGCCAGGCUUGACUUUUGACUGAUACUUGUCAAUUCUUGUUGAUUGUUUAGUGUUUCACACUGUGAUUGCAUUGUCCACAAGCAAGAUAAUUUGCCAAGAAAACGCACGAAAGUGUGUCCGAGCUACGAAGGACUUGGUUAUAGACAGAGGCAGCCCCUUGAGUGAUUCUCUCUUAUGUUAUUCGUAGCAGAAAAGCUUCCUUGUGCUAUACUUUUACCAAGCAAAAUGUAAAGCACAGAAUUUUGGCUUUGGUAUGUAUUCUCAUAGAAGUUGUUAUGCAAAUGUUUGUUUGAUUUACUUGAGGUAUGAAGCUCUGAGCUGUAUUGUAACUACUUAUUUGAAAUGAACGAACUCGUCAAUAUUUAGAAUAUGGCAUAUUGUAUGUUGAAAGAUACCUACGAGUAAUACUUUUUUCUUCAUGUGAUUUUAGGGUGAUAAUUAACCUUUUCAAUGAUCUCAUUUUUCGUUUUAAUUAACUUUGUCGAUGCUUUGAUAACUGGAUACAACUUCACUGAUA